AAUUCAUUCAACAAAACUUUGUGGAAUACCUAGGUAAUGUCCUAGGCAACAGAACACAGCAGUGAAAAAAAAACAGACAAAAUCCGCUCAUAUACCACUACAGAUGAUGAUGUCUUCCAGCUUCAAUGUAUUUAGAGUUUGGAUCUCUUUUAUCAUGAUGGGCAUUUUUUACAAGUCAACAGUAGCCUCUCUACCAGAACUGAGUCCUCAGAAAUAUUUCAAUACAUUGCAACCAGGAAAAGCUUCUUUAGCUUAUUUUUGUCGAGCUGUAUUAAAACAUGACCUUUUGAUAUAUACUCUAUGCCUUAAAUGUAAUCUUUUAAAGGUUAAUUGUGUCAAAGAAGAUACAUCAAGAUACUGUGGAAAAGAAAAGGAUUUGAUGAAAGCAUAUUUAUUCAGGGGCAACAUAUUGCUCAGAGAAUUCCCUACUGAUGCCUUGUUUGAUGUGAAUGCCAUCGUUGCUCAUGUUCUCUUUGCUCUUCUUUUUAAUGAAGUGAAAUAUAUUGCAACCAUGGAAGACCUUCAGAACAUAGAAAAUGCUCUGAAAGGAAAAGUAAAUAUUGUAUUCUCAUACGUAAGAGCCAUUGGAACUCCAGAACACAGAGCAGUCAUGGAAGCUGCUUUUGUGUAUGGAACCACAUACCAAUUUGUCUUAACCACAGAAAUUGCCCUUUUGGAAAGUAUUGGCUCAGAGGAUAUAGAAUAUGUACAUCUCUACUUUUUUCAUUGUGAACAAGUACUGGACUUGACUCAGCAAUGUAGAAGAACACUAAUGGAACGACCAUUGACCACACUGAACAUUCAUCUAUUUAUUAAGACAAUGAAAGCACCUCUGUUGACUGAAGUUGCUGAAGAUCCUCGACAAGUUUCAACUGUUCAUCUUGAACUAGGAUUACCACUGGUUUUUAUUGUUAGCCGACAGGCUACGUAUGAAGCUGAUAGAAGAACUGCAGAAUGGGUUGCUUGGCAUCUUCUGGGAAAAGCAGGAGUUCUACUCUUGUUAAGGGACUCUUUGGAAGUGAACAUUCCUCAGCAUGCUAAUGUGGUCUUCAAAAGAGCAGAAAAGGGAGUUCCAGUGGAAUUUUUGGUGUUACAUGAUAUUGAUUUAAUAAUAUCCCAUGUGGAAAAUAAUAUGCACACUGAGGAAAUACGAGAGGAUGAAGAUGAUGACGUGGAAGGUCCAGAUAUGGAUAUUCAAGAUGAUGAAGUGGCAGAAACUGUUUACAGAGAUAGGAAGAGACAAUUACAUUUGGAACUGACUGUGGAACUAACAGAAGAGACAUUUACUGCAACAGUUAUGGCUUCUGACAGCAUAGUGCUCUUCUAUGCUGGUUGGCAAGCAGUAUCCAUGGCAUUUCUGCAAUCCUAUAUUGAUGUGGCAAUGAGAUUGAAAGGUACAUGCACUAUGCUUCUUGCUAGAGUAAACUGUGCAGAUUGGUCUGACGUAUGUACUAAGCAAAAUGUUACUGAGUUUCCUAUUGUAAAGAUGUACAAGGAAGGUGAAAACCCAGUAUCUUAUGCUGGUAUGUUAGGAACUGAAGAUCUGCUAAAAUUUAUCCAACUCAACAGGAUUUCAUGUCCAGUGAACAUAACAUCAAUUCAAGAAGCAGAAGAAUAUUUAAAUGGGGAAUUAUAUAAAGACCUGACCUCCUAUUCUAGUGUGUCAGUACUGGGACUAUUUAGUUCAACAAUGACAACAGCAAAAGAGGAUUUCACUGAAGCAUGUAACUACCUAAAAGGAUAUGUUAUAACUGCAAUUUAUUCUGAAGAAGAUGUUUUGAUACUAUCAAAUAAAUAUGGUGCAACUCUUCCAGCUCUGCUGCUUGUCAGACACAAAGAAGGCAAAAUAGAAAGCAUUCCACUGUCCAGCACCCAUGUGCAAGAUAUAGUUCAAAUAAUAACAAAUGCAUUACUGGAGACAUUCCCAGAAAUCACUGUGGAAAAUCUUCCCACUUAUUUAAGACUUCAGAAGCCAUUACUUAUUUUGUUUAGUGAUGGCGGCAUAAAUCCUCAGUAUGAAAAAGCAAUAUUGACACUGGUAAAGCAGAAGCACUUGGAUUCACUUACUCCUUGCUGGUUAAAUCUAAAGAACACUCCUGUGGGGAGAGGAAUCUUGCAGGCAUAUUUUGACCCCCUGCCUCCCCUUCCUCUUCUUGUUUUGGUGAAUGUGCAUUCAGGUGGUCAAGUAUAUGCGUUUCCUUCAGACCAGGCUGUGACUGAGCAGAACCUUGUAUUGUGGCUUAAGAAAUUAGAAGCAGGAUUAGAAAAUCACAUCAGUAAGUUUUCUGUUUUGUUUAAUACACACAGUUCUGCAUUUUGUUCCAUAAAUUUUAAACUUUAAAUAUAGCUCAUGAAUGAUAGAAUGAGU